AUGUCAUCUGAACAAGCCAACAACAACCCGGACCUCGCUCAGGAAAACAACUCCUCAGCUGGCUCUUCAGCUCCCCAACAACAGAAGAAGCCACGCAAGCUUAAUAAGAAGCCUAUCGCUGAGCAAGAGCAACAACAACAAGACCAACCCAAACAGGAAGAAGACCAAGACGAACAGCCAAAACAAGAAGAGGAAAAACAACCGGAGGCUGUGAAACAAGAGCCUGAGGAAGAAGAAGAAGAAGAAGAGCCCGAGCCAGAACCAGAACCACCGCGUCGUCAAAGACGCAGUCGUCCCAAUAGACGGGUACAAAGAUAUCAAGACCCCGAAGAUACCGAAGAAAUCGAACGAAGCGACAUGGAGCGUCAACAACGAGGUGGUCGACGCAACCGUGCCCGCAGCGGCGGUAGCCGACGCCAGCAACAACAAGACAACGGCGCCUUAGGCCCGCUUGGAGGUGUAGGCGACGUCGGCAACACCGUCAACGGCGCAACAGACAUGGUCCAAAACACCGCUGGUAAAGCCGUAAACGGGGUCACUGAUUCAGCCGGUAAAGCUCUGGGCGGUGUUCUGGGGGGUGGUCAAAAGGACGAGGACGGUGGUAAAGAUGAGCAACUUAGAUUACGUCUUGAUCUGAAUUUGGAUAUUGAGAUUCAGCUCAAGGCUAAGAUUCAUGGUGAUCUUACUCUGGGAUUAUUUUUUGCCAUCAUUAGUAACAUACCUAACUCAUAG